UUUAAAUGGUAAAUACAAUCUGCUAGUAUUUCUAUGAUCAUAGCUUUCCAUGUAUCUAUGUAUUGUUUUAUAGAUGCCAAAAGAGAAAUAGAGAAGCAGAUGGGUACUGCUCUGAUGGAUUUGGAUCAGAAUAUUCGGUCCAUGUCUGCAAGGCCUCGUCGUCCUGGAAUGUUGCGGAGAUCGGUUAAAUAUAAACAUCGCUAUUAUACUGCUUUCUCACCUGUAGGGAACUUUGAAGAGGAAAUCCGCAGUCCACUUUGCAAUUCAAAAUCAGAAAAUUCUGACCUGAAUGUUGAAUUGCAAGAGAUGGAAUUGAGUGUGGCCAAUGCAGAGAACAAGGUUAGUGAACUUUUGGACCACUUGUUUACCAGUAAUUGUGAUGGAGAUGAAACAGUCAAUCUUCUCCAAGAGAGGUUGCAGAUUAAACCUAUUGAUCUGGAGAAUAUAUGCCUUCCUGACUUGCAAGAUAUUCAAAAGAUAGAUUUGAAGUCUUCUACAGAAAGCUUGGACAAGCCUAAACACUUGCUAUCGGACAUACAAAGUUUGAUGAAAGGGUUCAGUAAAUAACACGGAAACAAAAGCCUGAAACUUCAGUUAAUCAGUUAGUUUCUCCCACUCCAUCAAGAAGUCCAUUGGCUUCAAUAUCGUUACUGAAGAAACAAAUAUUGCAGUCUAAUGUACUAACUGAUCCAUUUUCAACUGAUGAUGCUAAUCAAUCACCAAUGAGAAAUGCAUCUGGCAUUGAAAGUAAUAGUAAACAAUCUGAUCAAGUUAUUACAGAGAAGGAACUAAGAGUGUCUGACAACAAUGAUAGACAAACACCGCAACAGCAGCCAGAGAGUUCAGCUCUUAAUUUAGCUUCUCCUACACCUCCAAGAAAUCAAUUCGCUUCAAUAUCAUUGCUAAAUAAACAGUUGCAGUUGCUGCAGUCAGAUACAGAAUGCGAUGCCUUUUCAACUGAUAAUAUUGAUCAAUCACCUAGGAAAAAUGAAUCUCCUAUUGGAAGUAUCAAUAAACAAUCUAGCCAGGCUGAUGAAAUGGAACUCAUCAAGUCUCAUCUGCUGAGGUCUCCAUUGUUAGAAGCAAAUCAAACUGCUAAUGCAAGUUCUGAGCUCGAUGGGAGAGAUUUUGCUGGUCUCUUUGACAGAUCUGUAAAUGAUAAUGCAAGAAGGUUUGAUUGUGGUAUUAGUGCAUCUAGUGUAUCUCAGACCAACUUAGAGAAUAACAGUUUAAGGACUGGAACGGAAUCAGAUAAUCAUGCAAUUCAAUCAAAUGAAUUUGGGGGAAGGGUGGAAGAUAUAUCACUGGAAGAAGUUGUUCCUUCUCAGAUCCAAGUUAAUGUGGAAGGCUCAACCAUUGAUAACUCAGGUGCCAUUCAGAGAGAGUCGGAUGAAUCUAAUCCUGCUAUUGAUGAGGACCAUUCCAUGAAUGAAUCUUUAAAAGUAGCAGAAAGUGGUGAGCGGCUGCAUGAGCAACAGAAUAAGGCCAAAGUAAAACCACUGCCAUGCAAUAGACCAAAGGGGAAAGCACUUUCUGGAAGACAAAGCCUUGCAGGUUCUGGUACAACAUUCAAUGCAGAAGGGAGGAGACAAAGCACAAGGAUCAGGUCAAGACAUUUGGAAUUCUGGAAAGGUGAAAGAUUCUUAUAUGGACGUGUACAUUCAAGUUUGGCAACCGUAAUAGGGAUAAAGUAUGAAUCUCCGAGGAAGGGUGAUGGUCUCAAAGUGAAGUCGUUUGUAAGUGAUGAGUACAAAGAACUGAUUGAACAGGCUGCCAGGUUUUGAGAUGGCCGUAAUUGUUGUUUAUGGACUGACCAUGAAUCCGGGUUGCAAAGUAAGCUUAGCAUACUUUGAUGAACUGAUCACUAGACAUUAGUUCCCAGGAUCUCUCUCUCUCUUAUUCAAUAUAUGUAUGUUGUGCAUUACUUGUAGAACUAGUAGUUAUAUCUGUUGUGGACAAUAUUUGUUCAAUGUGAAUUUUUAUGAUGAUCUUUAAGAACUGAAAGCUAUUUACCAGACAAUAGAGCAUUUGUUUCCAA